ACUUGUUCGCUGUUUGAAUUUGGGCAGAUAUGACUCUGAACUGACUCAGUUGCUUCUUCGGGAGCAAUAAGUUUUGCAGACUCCGCAGUAUCUACCUAGCGAGAAGUCCAGGACCUAAGAGUUGGGGCGCCCCAAGGAAGGACCAGAAACUGACACUUGCGGCUCAAACUUCGGUCAGCAAUGUAGACCAAGACAAAUAGCGCUGCUUCUGGUUGGCCGGCUGCCUUCCGAGGGAGAACCAAUUGGGUGAGAGCGGAAACCGACGGACCAAUGACAGCCAUCCCUGCCAUGGUGUGGAGGAUGGAGUGUGGGUGGUUGGUCUAGAGCCAGGUGCAUCCUCGAUUUAAGUGAGGAACCGCAAGCAUCUGGCGAUUCAGGACAUUUUCCCUCCAUCUCUCCCCAGUUUGUGGUCGAGCCUGAAGACCUCGCAUUGGUGACCGGAUGGGCUCCGCUCUGCUCCUGUGGGGCUUGUUGGCUCUCCUCACGCCAGCGGCUUGCGGUCAGUGUUACUCCCCACCAAAGUUAAAUACUGCAAUACUAAAAAAUAGCUCCAAGUCUGUGUUUGACAUUGGAGAUACUUUGAUUUAUGAAUGCCUCCCUGGAUACAUGAAAAAAAAGAUUAUCGCCAUCUGCCUCGAAAGCUCAUCAUGGUCAAGUGUAAAUGACGACAUGUGUAAACGGAAAACAUGUCCAACUCCAGCAGAUCUCCUCAAUGGACGAGUGCAAACAACAGGUUCAAGCCAGUUUGGUUCAACAAUUACAUAUUCUUGCAAUGAAGGGUAUCAACUUAUUGGCCACUCAUUCAAUCAGUGCAUCCUGUCAGAACCUACUGUCAUUUGGGAGAAUGAACCACCUUUAUGUGAAGCUAUUCGUUGUGAUCUACCUCCAACCAUUCCCAAUGGAAGAUACCGAAAAACUCAAGAAUAUUUUUACUAUGGCAUGGUGGUAUCCUAUGAAUGCAAUACUGGGCCACGGGGAGAAAAGCUAUAUGACCUGGUGGGUCAAAAAACAUUAUACUGUACUAGCGAAGACAAUAAAGUUGGCAUCUGGAACAGUCCUCCACCUCAAUGUAUUACUCUAGCCAAGUGCCAGACCCCUGUAAUUGCCCAUGGAAGAAUUGUGUUGUUCACUAGACCUCCCUAUUUAUUAAAUGAUGCUGUGGAAUUGGAGUGUGACCCUGGUUUUACCAUGAAGGGCAGCAAAAUAGUUCGAUGCCAGAUUAACAGCCAAUGGGAGCCUGCAUUGCCAAUGUGCUUCAGGGGGUGUCUUCCACCUAUGGAGAUUCCCCACGGUAAACGGAGCAAGACCAAGGACUAUUUUUCCUUUGGAGAUAUUGUGUACUAUGACUGUGAACCUGGCUACUUUCUCAGUGGAUCAAAUUUCAUUAAGUGUAUAGAGCCUGGGAAGUGGAACUUUGAAACUCCGAAGUGUGAAGUGAAAUCCUGUGGGCAGUUCCUGGAUCCACUUCCUAAUGGCCAAGUUAAAUCUCCCAGUCCUCCCCAGCUUGGGACAAAGGUUGUCUUUGUUUGUAAUGAGGGGUUUCGACUUAAUGGCAGCCUUUCUAGUACAUGUGUAGCAAAGGGACUGACAGUUGGUUGGAGUAAUAAAGUGCCUGUCUGUGAACGAAUUACUUGUGGUUCUCCUCCUCCUAUCAUCAAUGGAAGGCUUUCACUCCUUUCUGGGAAUAAAUCUCCCUAUGGGACUGUAAUAAGGUAUACCUGUUUCAGGGCAUUCCGUACCAUUGGAACCAAAAUUACACAAUGCACAAGUAAAGAUCAAGUGAAUGGAGUCUGGAGUGAACCUGCCCCUCGGUGUGAGGCUUUCAGUAAAACUGCUAGUUGUUCUGAGCCCCAAGUCCGAGAGAGGCAUCUAAAGUGGAAGUUCCGACCUCCAUAUCGACACGGUGACAUCUUGACACUUGCCUGUGAUACCAACUUUACCAUGAAAGGUCACAGCACUCUGUGGUGCCAAGCAAAUAGUACCUGGGGACCAUCACCAAUGCCGACAUGUGAGAGAGAUUGUCCAUCACCUCCCACGAUCCUUAAUGGGCGACAUAGAAAUGACCACAGUGGCCCAUUUGCACCUGGGUCUUCUGUGACUUACAGUUGUGAACCUGGCUACUUGCUUGUUGGAGAAAAGACCAUUCACUGUUUGUCUUCAGGAGUCUGGAAUGCUGCUGCUCCCAAGUGUAAAGGGGCAGUGUGUGAACCUUUAAUAAAAUUCCCCAAUGGGCAGGUAAAGGAGCCUUCACAUCUUCAGAUUGGGGCAACCAUGACCUUUUCCUGUAAUGAAGGGUACCAUUUAGAGGGCCAAGUUUCUAGUCAGUGUGUGCUUACUACAGAGGGUGCUAUUUGGACUAAGAUUCCAGUCUGUAUAGAAGUGAUUUGCCCGCCACCACCUAAAAUUGAAAAUGGGAAAUAUAUGGGCAGUUCUGCAGAUGAAGUUCCAUAUGGAACCCAAAUAAUUUAUAGCUGCAAUGCUGACCCAGAAAGAGGAGUGAAAUUCAACCUCAUUGGAGAGAGCACCAUCCACUGUAUGAGUGAUCGAGAGGGCAAUGGGAUUUGGAGUGCAACUCCCCCUCGGUGUGAGCUUUCUGCUUCCUCUGUUCAGUGCCUGCCUCCCACAGUCUCCAAUGGUUACCAGAUAUCUGGACAGGGACCUCCAUAUUUCUAUAAUGGCACUGUGGCAUUUCGUUGUUAUGCGGGCUUCACUCUGAAGGGCAGCAGUCAGAUCCGCUGUAGCUCCAGUGGCACUUGGGAUCCUGAGGCUCCAAUCUGUGAAAAGGCCUGCCAGCCCCCUCCUGGAAUCCUACAUGGGCAGCACACAGGCAGGAGUGUGGGACUUUUGGACCCUGGGACAUCUGUAAACUACAGUUGUGAUCUUGGCUAUUCACUAGUAGGAGAAGCGACCAUUCACUGUACUGCUGAAGGAGUCUGGAAGCCUGUUGUGCCACACUGUAAAGGUGCUUGGGUUGUUGACUUAGUUCUUGUGUUGUUACUGAGAUUUCCAAGCCCAGAUAUUUCCAUCAGCUGCUAUGAUGACUGCCCUUUUCGUCAGACUGCAAUCCUGUGCAGCCCUCCUCCUGUGAUUGAAAAUGGGAAAUAUAUGGGCAGUUCUGCAGAUGAAGUUCCAUAUGGAACCCAAAUAAUUUAUAGCUGCAAUGCUGACCCAGAAAGAGGAGUGAAAUUCGACCUCAUUGGAGAGAGCACCAUCCACUGUAUGAGUGAUCGAGAGGGCAAUGGGAUUUGGAGUGCAACUCCCCCUCGGUGUGAGCUUUCUGCUUCCUCUGUUCAGUGCCUGCCUCCCACAGUCUCCAAUGGUUACCAGAUAUCUGCACAGGGACCUCCAUAUUUCUAUAAUGGCACUGUGGCAUUUCGUUGUUAUGCUGGCUUCACUCUGAAGGGCAGCAGUCAGAUCCGCUGUAGCUCCAGUGGCACUUGGGAUCCUGAGGCUCCAAUCUGUGAAAAGGCCUGCCAGCCCCCUCCUGGAAUCCUACAUGGGCAGCACACAGGCAGGAGUGUGGGACUUUUGGACCCUGGGACAUCUGUAAACUACAGUUGUGAUCUUGGCUAUUCACUAGUAGGAGAAGCGACCAUUCACUGUACUGCUGAAGGAGUCUGGAAGCCUGUUGUGCCACACUGUAAAGCAAUCCUGUGCAGCCCUCCUCCUGUGAUUGAAAAUGGGAAAUAUACGGGCAGUUCUGCAGAUGAAGUUCCAUAUGGAACCCAAAUAAUUUAUAGCUGCAAUGCUGACCCAGAAAGAGGAGUGAAAUUCAACCUCAUUGGAGAGAGCACCAUCCACUGUAUGAGUGAUCGAGAGGGCAAUGGGAUUUGGAGUGCAACUCCCCCUCGGUGUGAGCUUUCUGCUUCCUCUGUUCAGUGCCUGCCUCCCACAGUCUCCAAUGGUUACCAGAUAUCUGCACAGGGACCUCCAUAUUUCUAUAAUGGCACUGUGGCAUUUCGUUGUUAUGCUGGCUUCACUCUGAAGGGCAGCAGUCAGAUCCGCUGUAGCUCCAGUGGCACUUGGGAUCCUGAGGCUCCAAUCUGUGAAAAGGCCUGCCAGCCCCCUCCUGGAAUCCUACAUGGGCAGCACACAGGCAGGAGUGUGGGACUUUUGGACCCUGGGACAUCUGUAAACUACAGUUGUGAUCUUGGCUAUUCACUAGUAGGAGAAGCGACCAUUCACUGUACUGCUGAAGGAGUCUGGAAGCCUGUUGUGCCACACUGUAAAGCAAUCCUGUGCAGCCCUCCUCCUGUGAUUGAAAAUGGGAAAUAUACGGGCAGUUCUGCAGAUGAAGUUCCAUAUGGAACCCAAAUAAUUUAUAGCUGCAAUGCUGACCCAGAAAGAGGAGUGAAAUUCGACCUCAUUGGAGAGAGCACCAUCCACUGUAUGAGUGAUCGAGAGGGCAAUGGGAUUUGGAGUGCAACUCCCCCUCGGUGUGAGCUUUCUGCUUCCUCUGUUCAGUGCCUGCCUCCCACAGUCUCCAAUGGUUACCAGAUAUCUGCACAGGGACCUCCAUAUUUCUAUAAUGGCACUGUGGCAUUUCGUUGUUAUGCUGGCUUCACUCUGAAGGGCAGCAGUCAGAUCCGCUGUAGCUCCAGUGGCACUUGGGAUCCUGAGGCUCCAAUCUGUGAAAAGGCCUGCCAGCCCCCUCCUGGAAUCCUACAUGGGCAGCACACAGGCAGGAGUGUGGGACUUUUGGACCCUGGGACAUCUGUAAACUACAGUUGUGAUCUUGGCUAUUCACUAGUAGGAGAAGCGACCAUUCACUGUACUGCUGAAGGAGUCUGGAAGCCUGUUGUGCCACACUGUAAAGCAAUCCUGUGCAGCCCUCCUCCUGUGAUUGAAAAUGGGAAAUAUAUGGGCAGUUCUGCAGAUGAAGUUCCAUAUGGAACCCAAAUAAUUUAUAGCUGCAAUGCUGACCCAGAAAGAGGAGUGAAAUUCAACCUCAUUGGAGAGAGCACCAUCCACUGUAUGAGUGAUCGAGAGGGCAAUGGGAUUUGGAGUGCAACUCCCCCUUGGUGUGAGCUUUCUGCUUCCUCUGUUCAGUGCCUGCCUCCCACAGUCUCCAAUGGUUACCAGAUAUCUGCACAGGGACCUCCAUAUUUCUAUAAUGGCACUGUGGCAUUUCGUUGUUAUGCUGGCUUCACUCUGAAGGGCAGCAGUCAGAUCCGCUGUAGCUCCAGUGGCACUUGGGAUCCUGAGGCUCCAAUCUGUGAAAAGGGAAUGUCCCACUGUGAUCUUGUUAGAGAAUGUUUUUACAUAGAGAAUACUUUUUCUUCAGAGUGUCUACCACCUCCUCAGAUUCCCCAUGGUCAGCACACAGGUGGGGAGAAAAACCACUUUGCUCCUGGGAUGUCUGUAGAUUACACUUGUGACCCUGGAUACUUGCUCAUGGGAAAUAAAACAAUUUGCUGUCUGUCUUCAGGAGCUUGGAGUCUUUCUGCCCCACAUUGUAAAGGUACUGAUGGUUUCAACUUGGGCUACUUUUUUUUUUUAACAAAAGAAUGGACAUUGGGAGGUGAAAUUAUAUUACCAUCUAUCUUUAGGUACCAAUUAACUGACCAUGUUUAUAAGCUCUGUUGGCAUCCUGAAGUGGGGACUGGGUUUUGGUUCCAAAAGAUUCCACUUUGUAAAGAAGUGAAUUGUAGCCUUCCGGAGUUCAUGAUUGGUGCCCAGAAUGUAUCAACUAAAAAAACAUAUAAUUUUGGAGCUAUCUUUACUCUGAAGUGUGAUGAAGGAUAUAUGCUAGAAGGCAGUCCUCAGAGCCAAUGUCAGGAAGAUCAAAGAUGGGACCCCCCUUUAGCAGCCUGUAAAUCAGUGAGUUUUUCUUCCCUUCAAAGCUCCCAAGGACCUGUUGUUCUCAGUGGCAUCCUUUUGGGUUCAAUUCUGCUCAUCAUAUUUGUUGGCGUCACAUUGGCAAUAAUAUCAAAACACAGAGAAGGCAAUUAUUAUACUAAUGAAAAUCAUAAAGAAGCAACUAUCCCCGUAGAGAUACAAGAAACUUCCAUUAACGAUGCUUACAGCCUUGCAGCUUAACCAGAAGGCUAACAGCUAAAAGAGAAAUCUGAUGUUUCAGUUAUCUUUGAAAUGCUAUGAGAUUGGAAAGCAAUCUUGGAAUGAAGCUUUAACCUUGAUUUGAAAGAAACCACUCUGCUUCUGGAAGGUACCCACACAGGACAUCAAAGUCUUAGAAUUGAUUUUACAGAGAUGCAACUUUUAUCAGAACUUGAACUCAGGUAGAACAAAGCAAAAGCGGCUCUGUAAUGGUGGAAACUGAAUUCUGUUGCUGUUUUCUUCUCAGUGACUAUCCUCCAUGACUGGCAUCUUGCCAGAAUGCAGCUACAAGCACUUGCAGACUUCUGAAUCUUACACAUUUUUUCAUAUCAACCCUAGUAGAAGUUUUCGUUGUUUUUUUUUAGUUGGACCAUGUAAAUUCUGAUUACCUUCAUUCAACCUAGCCAUCCUCUUUGCUUUUGUUAUCAGCAUACUGAUUGUUAUUUGCACACUGGACUGAGACAUGGUUUUAGUAAUUUAAAGAAAGAUGGUGAAACAUUUUCUCUACAUUUACUUGGGCUUUACUCAAUUGGGAGGCAGCCUUAAAAACAUUUAGUUUCUUUUUUAGUUAUAAAAGGCAGCAUUUUGCUUUUUUUCCCUCUCAGGUUAAAGUUAGUUCAAUAUCUGCCUUGAAUUUCCCUAUGACACAGUAAUUCAUGAAAGUGAUUUCAUGAAUUAAUUUAAUAACAUGAUUAAGGGAGUUGCUUUGGUUGGCAGUAAGAGAAAUUGGGGGAGGUGGGGGGUAUUGAAGCUUUUGUUACUCCUUUAUUUGUAUUUCAAACGUUUUAUUUUCUUGUUUUAAAAAAGUGUUUAACUUUUUAAUUAAUAAAUUGAAAUUAUU